CAUGUGCCUGAGAGCUUGUCCAAGUAAUUUUAGUAACUUAAUAAUUUACAAUUAAUUGCUGAGUUGUGAGUUUGGCAACUUAAAAUUAACCAAACUGACAAUUGUAACUUUACCAGUUACAAUUUUUGUGUUGAAGCUGCACAAAUGACAAAUGCAGUCCAAUGGGGAGUGUGUUUAAAUCUGUUCCUCCUUGAGCUCUGAGCUUUAAAUCAAGAACACUGGAGAACUGAGCAUUCCUUUUCACGGGAGAGCAUAGACAAACAUUGCUCUGUGCAGCUUUUCCCUUAUAACGUGGCACUUUGAAACCAAGACUUGAGACUCUUAAAAUUGGGAAAAGAAAGUAAAAAUUUUAAGGAACUUGUUUUUGUUAAGGGCGGUGGCUUUGGUUUUUUUAAAUUUGCAUCCUGAUCUGAUUCUUUUACCUGGGAGGGUCAGAGUGAGAGAGAUUAAGAAAACUACUCCUCCUGUCUCCACUCACCUUGUUUGUCUCAUGUGGGGCUUUGUCCUGCCUAAAAUGUGUUCUCCAGUCAUCCAUCAGUGUUACAAAUGCUUUUACAAUCACUUUAGCUAUCACUUGCUUCUUUCCCUCUGGUGCUUGUUAAAAAAGGCUGAAGACAUUGCAGCAAAUGUUCUGUUUGUGCUCAGCAGAUCGUGGCAGGGCUAUGGAGAAAAGGUGUCCUGGGAUUUCUGUAUCUGAGUGCUCUGUGCUGAGCUUGGAGGAGCUGUGGCAUGAGGGGAAGUGAAACUGGAUCUCAUUUCACCAGCAUAGGUUAAACAAAAAUGAACAUUUUAAAGAGUUGGAAUCCUCUGCAUAUGUACUCACUGGAGAUGGCAGGGUUGUGCAAGAGGACUUUCUAAACGUUCCUCUAACAGUGCUUCCUUUUUCAGCUGUUUGUUCAGUUUUGUUUUAACAAAAUGUUGGUCCUGCACGGACGUUUGAAGAGCUCCAUGCAACAUAAGGUACACUUGGCACACUGUUGGCUCAUUUAAUGCUCUUUUUGGAAGGGCUGGUGGCCACGUGCUCCUCCCAUGCAGAGUCACCAGACUGUGCUCCCAGGGAUCAGGAUGUGCCCGGAUAUGGGGCUGGAGAGAUGGGUCAGGCUGAGCUGUGAGCUGGACUUGCUCCAUGGCCAACACAGCUUUGAGUUCUUCUCAGGUUAAUGUUGCUGUGUUUUGCUUCAUCUUUCCUGAAAACUCAUUUUUCUGGGAAAAGCAGUUUUAUCCAUAGCAAGCCCCUCCUGGUGCCUUUGGAUCAGACCUGUGUUCCAUCACUGCUCUCGUGCUCCCUUCCCUUGCAGGCGUGAAUGACAGAGGAGGUGCCCCCGACUGCACUGACGGAUGUGAACCUGCGCCUGCUGUGCCACGAUGACAUAGACACAGUGAAACAGCUCUGUGGAGACUGGUUCCCGAUAGAGUACCCUGACUCAUGGUACCGAGAUAUCACUUCCAACAAGAAGUUCUUUUCCCUCGCAGCCACGUACAGAGGCUCCAUCGUGGGGAUGAUAGUGGCAGAGAUCAAGAGCAGGACGAAGGUGCACAAAGAGGAUGGAGAUAUCCUAGCUUCUAAUUUUCCUGUGGACACUCAAGUUGCUUACAUCCUAAGUCUUGGAGUGGUGAAGGAGUUCAGAAAACAUGGAAUAGGUUCCCUCUUGCUUGAGAGUCUGAAAGAUCACAUCUCCACCACUGCCCAGGACCACUGCAAAGCCAUCUACCUGCACGUGCUCACCACCAACAACACAGCAAUAAACUUCUAUGAAAACAGAGACUUUAAACAGCACCACUAUCUCCCCUAUUACUAUUCCAUCCGAGGGGUCCUCAAGGAUGGCUUCACCUAUGUCCUGUACAUCAACGGUGGGCACCCACCCUGGACAAUCCUUGACUACCUGCAGCACAUUGGCUCCACACUAGCCAGCCUGAGCCCGUGCUCCAUUCCCCAGAGGAUAUACAGACAAGCCCAGAGCCUCCUCUGUAGCCUCCUGCCCUGGUCUGGCAUUUCUGCCAAGAGCAGCAUCGAGUACAGCCGGACAAUGUGAUGGACUGGGGGUGCACAUGAAGCACAGGAUUGUUUCUCCUCCCACCUGACACCCGGCUCUGCACUGGUUCCAGUGAUGACAGCUCUUGGCCGGUGACCCAGCCCCCGGAUGGGACUCCCUGUUCCACAGGGACUGACCUUUGGUAGAGCUUCACCCUGGGGCUGCAGCCCCGGCUCCCCACGUGGGCUGGGCGGGCUGUGGCUGUGCCGCAGCCGCGGGCCCUUGGCGUCACCACUCCGUGCAUGUUGCACUGUCCCCGCCACUUCCCUCACUUCCAGUCUGCUCCUCCCUGUCCCGGGCUGUGAGGGCUCAGCUGCUGCUCCUGCUCCAUCCACAGCUGCUGAGAGCAGCUGAGGGAAGUUCAUGGAUCUGCACUGAGGAACCAUUACAUGAACGGGGAGAGCCCUGGCAGGCCCGGCCAGGGCAGAGUCUGCCCUUGUUGCUGUGGAAGGGAGAAGCUGGGGGAGGGGAAAGGGGGGAAUGGGAAUCAUGUUUAGGUCCUGCCACAUCAGCUGCUGGUGCGUCCUGUGGGUAACUUCCAGGGAGAGCAACUGCCUCGCAUGAGAAACUACCCAGCCCCACCAGCCCUCUAGAGUGAUGUAAAAAGAAGCAUAUAAUUCAGGAUGCAUAAAGUAGAAGGCAGGGAAUGAAAUUGCUAUUUCAUAGUGAAAUAUAUAUGUAUUAUACUGUA